GUUGAAUUAAAAGAAAAGAACCUGGCAGGCUGUCCAGCCAGUUGCCUGGAACGCGCUCUCGGGAGUGGUUGGUAUCUGUUUAGCGGCCGCUGUGUUCAUCAUGUGGUGACGCGUUGUCCCAGCUUUUAGCAAGAUAUUGGACAAAUGUUGUCUGAACUGAUCGUGAAGUAUGACAGACAACUACACAGUAGCCGACAGUGUUGAGAUCUACUACCCUCGAGGGGCGACAGUCUUCGCCUCCGUCUGUGCCGUGCUUUUCAGCAUCGUCGGUGUAAUAGGGAACCUCAUAACAGCAAUAGCACUGCUCUGUUGUUCCAAAUUGCGGCACCAUGCAACUACUGCCUUCAUAAUCAGCCUCUGUGUGUCUGAUCUGCUGUUCUGCAGCAUCAAUUUGCCUCUCACGGCUUCACGAUACAUCAAUCAAGCCUGGGUGCUGGGUUCCACACUUUGCAAGUUGUUUCCAUUCUUCUUUUAUGGCAAUGUCGCUGUGUCCCUUCUUAGUAUGGUGGCCAUCACAAUUAACAGAUACAUUCUCAUUUCAUGCCACAGUCUGUAUGAUAAACUGUACACUCCACGCAACAUCUGCCUUAUGUUGGUGUUUGCCUGGUCAUUCAGUUUUUCCAUGAUGAUACCCCCAUUACUGGAAGUAUGGGGUCAUCUUGGAUUGGAUCCUCCAACAUUCUCUUGCACAAUCCUAAAAAAAGAUGGGAAAUCACCAAAGAAGAUGUUGUUUGUCCUGGGAUUUAUACUGCCAUGUGUUGUCAUCAUUUUGUCUUAUACAUGCAUUUACUGGAAAGUUCGCCAGAGCCAAAGAAACCUCCAAUCUCACAAUGCAGUGAGACCCAAGCCAAACAGUGUGGGGCCCCAAUUCCUGCAGAGACGUGAGGACAUUCGACUGACACGUCUCAUGCUUACAAUCUUUUGCUGCUUUCUUCUCUGUUUCCUACCACUGAUGCUUGUCAAUGUUGCAGAUGAUGAGAUCCAUUACCCAACAAUUCACGUGAUGGCAUCAGUCUUGGCCUGGGCAUCUAGUGUGGUGAAUCCAUUCAUUUAUGCAGGCAGUAACCGCCAGUACAGAGCUGCCUACCAUAAACUUCUGUGUUGUGUGGGCUCACCAGGACAUGGAGAUACAGAUUAUCAAACAGGAGCUCCAGCUGAAGGAGGCGGCCUUACCCAUUCUCACUCAGGCUCAGGAAAAACUUUCAUUACAGAUAUGUUCCAAUAUAAUGCAGCCACAGACAAUGUCCAUACAGUGAGGGCUAAUGGCAAUGAGUGAAAUAACAACAGAACAAUCUGUACUGUAAAUGGUGUUAUAGUCUCAUUGGUCACUAAACGAUUGCCAAUUUGGUUUCUCUGGGGAAUAAUUCACAGUAAUUUACAGUUGUGCCGGUCACGGUAGCUGAGCGGUCUAAGGCAUGUACUGUCUUCGCACGCUUGGAAAACCAGGAUCAUGGGUU